AUGAUCUCUGCCGGCGAUGAGAGUUCCACCGGGAUACACACCCUGGAUGCCACCGGCGGCCGCGGGGCCCGACGGUUCCCCGACAACAGCAACGGGGGCUUCACGUCAUCCUCGCUGGACCGUCGGCACAACUCUGUGGCCGCCAAAAGCCUGGAGGCCCUGAACAGCAUCCACAAGGCGGACAUCGAGCGUCAGCGAGACGCCAUCAUGGACCUCCAGAAAAACAAGUACUCCAACAGCCCCAGCACAAUGUCACAGGGCUCCCCUGCUGCAGGCCGACAGCAACAACCAAACUACUGGAGCUUCAAGACUCGCACGCCACGUGUGACACGACUCAGCCCCACACAGCCGGUUCUUGCUGACCAGGCCAGCAGGGUAUCCUUUGCCUCAGCUGAAAAUCUGGAGACCAUGGCAGACCCCGAUAUUCCCAUCGGCUUCAACCGGAUGAACCGGCUUCGCCAGAGCCUGCCGCUGGCCCGUUCGUCCAGCCAGGCCAAGCUGCGGGCGCCAGGUCAGGAUCUUGUCCUCCAGCUUGGGGAGGAGACUCGCAGGGUGCACCUGACCCCCGAGCUGACCAGCCUGGACACUCUGAGGGCCCUCAUCGUGCACAUGUUCCCCCAGAGGCUCACCAUGGCCAUGCUCAGGUCUCCCAGCACAGCUCUGCUGAUUAAAGAUGAGACCCGUAAUGUCUUCUAUGAGCUGGAGGACCCGCGGGACGUUCAGGAUCGCUGCGUAAUUAAGAUUUACUGCAAAGAGCCCAUCUACAGCACCUACCCUGGACACCACAACCCACACCUGGCGAACGGGGACCUGCGGAGGGAGAUGGUGUAUGCACCCCAGGACUCUCCAUCCAACCGUCGCCUGAGCAACCCACCGAUGUCUUCCCAGCAUUCAUCUUCCUCGGCCUCCCCUCCUCAAGGCUCACCAUCCCGUGCCCGCCUCCUCUACAGUGGGGGCAGGCCUUCUUCCUACGCCGGGCCACCCCACCACACCCACUCCCUGCCUCAUCCUCACUCCCAGUCCCACCACUCCUCUCCCCACCAGCAGCCGCAGCUCCACCAGCUCCACCAGCCUCACCAGCCCCACCAGCCUCAUCACACCCAGCCAGCCUUCUGCUCCUCCUCCAGCGCCAUACUGGAGCGCAGGGAUGUGAAGCCUGACGAUGAAGUCGGGGGAUCCAGAAGCAUGGUGCUGCUGAGGGGAGAUGAUCGUGGUGGGGGUGGGAUCUAUGCAGACCCCUACACUCUGGGCCCAGAUACGAGUCGGCUUAGCCUCGCAGGAGGUCCUCAUUCUCCUCUGCCAGCAAGAGCUGACCCCUACGGCUCCUUAUACCGCCGUGGUGGUGGGGGUGGAGGUGGUCCUGGCUCAGUGCGUUCACUCACCUCCUAUUCAGCAGCUGCUUUACAAGGAGAGCUGAUGGAAAAUAGUGCGCUCUACAGGCCUGGAGGACCUCUUUAUAAUGACGCCUACGCUGCGUCUUUGUUGGCCAUGGGGCUGCGGGUGCCCCCACCCUCCUCCCCACAGAAGAUACCUGACAUGAGGGAUUCCUAUGGGGCAACAAUGCCAACUCGGGGUUCCCCAGGGAGGCAGAGUUUGCGAAGAGACUCCGUGACCUCCUCCGUGUUUGGGGACAGUCCCAAAGCCCGGGGUCAGGGACCAGGACUGGGUCUAACCUCAGAGCAGCUCUGCUUGAUGGCUGGUCCUGGAGGGGAAGGAGGGGGUGCUGGAAGCUUUGGCUCACCUCUGCUGGGGAAUGAGACAGAGACCAGGGAGCGCAUGGAGGCCAUGGAGAAGCAGAUAGCCAGCCUGACCGGGCUGCUACAGAGGGUACUGAGCAAAGCGCCUGAGGCAGAAAGCCCGGAGAAGAUUGAGUCAGCCAGUGACUGCUCAGGAACUGACACUGGACGAACUAUAAAAAAGAAAGCUUUGACACCAUCUGCUCCUCUGGCCCUGAUGCCACCUCCACCCUCGGGGCCCAACCAGCCCGUGACAGUGUCCCGUCUGCAAAUGCAGCUCCACCUACAAAGCCUGCAGCAGAACACCAACGCCCUACGCAAACAGCUGUCGCAGCUGCGCAACAUGCAGCUGGAGAAUCAGGACUCGGUUCUUACCCUGCUGAGACAGACGGAGUCUGAACUGAGCCUCAUGAUGCUGGAUGCCAUGCGCACCCAGGAGGACCCGCUCCAGAGACAGCGCCUCCUAGUGGAGGAGGAGCGGCUCAAAUACCUAAACCAGGAGGAGCUGCUCAUCCAACAGCUGCACGACCUGGAGAAGUCUGUGGAGGAGCUGCAGAGGAACUCGUCUGUGAACCACGGGCUCGUGACAGAGCAUGACGUGGAGCAGAAGAGCAAAGAGCUGAGGAUGCUGGGAGAGACGCUCACUGAGCUCAAAAACCAGUUCCCGAGCCUGCAGAGUAAGAUGCGGGUGGUGCUGAGAGUGGAGGUGGAGGCUGUGAAGUUCCUGAAAGAGGAGCCUCACCGUCUGGAUGCCCUGCUGAAACGCUGCAACACCAUGACUGAUGCUCUCAGCACGCUGCGCAGACAAGUUACUGAGGGGGUGUGGAAGGGCCCCGAGGACCUCUCCAACCAACCACAGAAAAGGGCCGAGGACCUGAGCCGUAGCUCUGACCUCGACAUCCUGAACAGCCCUCCUCUCAGCCUCGCUGAUCUCAGCACCGGCGCUGGCCUGGCCAACUGGAUGCCCGUGUCUGCCAGCGACGCAGACGCCUCGGGCCCCGAGCAGGACAUCCAGCUUUCGAUGACCUUUAGAAAUCGAGUUCUUGAUGAGCUGCCAAGCCGGCGUCCUCCUGAUAAGUCUGUGUCAGCCGAAGUGCGACUGGCGGCCGAGCGGGACUGGGAGGAGAAGCGUGCCAGCUUGACCCAGUUCAGCGCCCAGGACAUCAAUCGCUUGCUGGAAGAGACUCAGGCAGAGCUGAUGAAGGCCAUCCCAGACCUUGACUUCGCUGCCAGGCACAUAAACAAGCCGGUGGUGCCCCCAAAGCCCCAGAUCACCAUCCCUAUUACGUCCACCACAGCUUCUGCAGCUGGGACCACUGGGACCACAGCCACCACCUCCACCACCAGUACAAACAGCACAUCCAGCGGGGACCAGCAGCCUGGCAAAGUACAGCUCGCUGCCCAGAAGCUGAACAGCAUGGAGGGGGCAGGUUCCCAUCGAGGCUCAGUGGACCUCAAUGUGGCCAAGUAUCGAACAGAGAAGCCCUCCAAGUCUCCUCCUCCGCCGCCUCCUCGCCGAAGCUUCCCAUCCGCUCACGGCCUCACAACCAACCGUACUGGAGAAGUCAUCAUCACCUCCAAGAGCCUGAAGUUGGAAGAAGAUGGUGACCUGCCUAAAACUCUUGUGAAGCUGAGGCGGACCCCCUCUGAUGCCCCCCGACCUGCCUCGACCCCUCCCGUGAUCGCGGCCUCGGCCAUUCAAGACGAAGACGACGAGGAGAAGAUCGUCGCCGAGCUGGAGAUAUUUCAGAAAAUGCCUGUAAACCAUUGUAAUAAAGUGUACAGCAGCCCAGCAAAGGCCACCCCCGCCCCUCCCUGCAGCUCGGGCAGAAAGAAUAGCAGUAACUCUCCCGGUCCGACGAAGGGUCCCACCGUCGCCGCCCGACUCAAACACCUCCAACAAGGCAGCCUGGAGAGGCCCAAAACCCGCAAGCAAAAAGAGGAUAUCCCCAAAGUCCAUGGCCAGCAGCAGGUAUUCCACUUCUAA